CAAAACCCUCUACAUCAAUGGUGUAGGUGAGGGUGCUGCGAUCUGUCGGAAAAUGGGCAACUUCAAGAUCGGGGUGCAAUACGCCAAUGAGGCAAGCCCCCGCAUCGAGGAAUAUGCCUCCAACAUCGCAGAGGGCUCAGGUGCAAACCUCCCAGCCAUCUGGGGCCUGAGUGCCAUGGAAGCACGUGACACAAUUAUCGUGCUAAAGCCAGGCUUCCAGAAGGUUAUCUUCCCCAGCGGAGAGUAUACUCUUAAGCUGGGGACGGGCGCCAAGGAGAACCCCUCCGUGAUGGCGGACCAAGCCGUGGCCAACGUGAAGAAGGCCUUGUGGGGGCUGUGCUGCGAGCUCAAGGCUGGGCGGUCCGAGCAUGCUCUCUCGUUCGCCGUCUCUUUCAGCGACGGUCAGAGGCCUCAGAUUGUGUCGGUCACCGCGGCAG